CAGUCUUCUCCGCAGCUCGAAAACGACCGCGCAGGCGGGGCAAGGCUCGGUUCGUCCGCAGCCAAAAGCGUCGGAGGAACCGGCCACCUCUUCGAGCAGCAGGGCCGGUGGUGCGCCCGCAGGCGUCCUGAGCCGCGCGAACACAGCUGGUGGCGUGCAGCGCUGGCGGCGCAACCAGGUGAUGCGUGUGCUGCAGAAAACCUACGAGCCACCAGCCCCCUCGGGGCUGUCGUUGCAGAUGAUCCGAAACCGCGAGCUCACAGCGCUCCUAGAGCGCAUCCCCGACAAUCCGAGCGCGGCAGCGUCCAGCCGUCAAGCCGAAAUGGCACGGACUCGCAGCAGUCCUGGAGGCGCGGGACUUUUCGGGAGCGACGUUAGGAGCGCGGCGCAGUCGGCCGAGGAACCGGAGUUGGCUGCGGAGAUUGCGCAGAUCGAAACCGUCGUUGCGCAAAACUACUUCCACCGAUUCUACGAGCCCACGUGCGUAGACCGCUCGACGGGUGGGGGGGCGGCACACGACGCGUGGCUAGUACGGAAACGGGCGCUGCUGCACUAUUACGGGCGAGUAGCAGCUUUCGAUCCCGUCGAAGAUACCCGCUUCACGGCGCGCAACCUGUUGCGCGCGACUCUGAACGAACUCGACUUGCAAGCAAAGGGCUUUUUCGCGGUCCUGCAACCCUUCGCACAUCUUGUAGUCACGCACGCAGUGCCAACACUGCCGCCUUCGGACGACAUUCUGCCCGCUGUGGUCGUUCUCGGCUGCGCGCUACACGCAGAGUGCCGCUUGUCCAAGGCACUGGCUGCAGCAUUCGCGCAGGUUCUGGAGUUGAAAAGCGUCUACAGUGACGCUUCUUCAGCUCUGGUGUCUUCCUCGGUGACCGACCCAACGACAAGCCGAGACAUUUCUGUGCAAUUCCGAAAGGAAGCGUUUAGCACUACGCCUCGGAGGCACAACAUGCACGGACCAAGCAGAGGCGGGACGUCGAGAGCGGGUUUGUCCCGGAGCCGGUCCUCGCGCACGGAACAUGAUGCGACGACCACCUCCGGCAUCACCACCUCAAAUGGCACGACCGAUCGGUUGCAAAAGGCGCAUUCAUCCCCGGCAGCAUCGUCAGAAAAGAGCUCCGCGCCCGAAGUGCGGCUGCUGAUUCUGUUGCGAACCGUCAGCUUCACGCUCUGCAACCUCAUUUUCGGCGCCAACGCAGCCACGAGUAGAUCGGGCACCGGCACAACUACUGAGGGCGCAACAACCAGUAGCAGCUCUGCCGGGGCAGGCCCCAACAACUACAACCGUUUUUCUACUCUAGCGGACCGCGCGCACUGGCCGGUGUUUGCGGCGUCCUUGCUUGCACAGUGCUUCAAAACCGUGAAAGUGGUGUUCCCCAGCAACGGGAAGGACGACAACUCCAACGAGUUGGCGCAGCUCUUGGUUCGCUGCUUCGGGGCGUACCAACAGGCCAAGUUGCAGCCGAGCAUGCUCCACAUCCUGUUGGAGAUCGGCGCGACGGAUCCCGGACUGCUCGUGAGCAUUAUGGGCAAGUGCGCCCGGCGGGUGGACCUGAAGGAGGGGAGCUACGCCAGCAACGCCUUGUUUGUGCUGUGCCAGUUUCUGUCGUACGAUCCGCAGUCGACCUACACGGUGUUGCCUCUACUGGUGGAGGCGGUCUUGCGGUGCCUGGAUCCCGCGGACCCGAACCUGCGUAAGGUGAUGCUGCUUUCUGCCACCCAGACGCUGCACCAAAUGGUGACCCAGCUGCCGAUGUGCUGCUUCCACCAGGCCACGCAGCGGUACGGCGUCGGCACCCGGGAGGGUCGCGUGUUCGUGUACGACCUGCGCACCGCCACCAAGUACCGCGUGCUUGACCUGCCCGGCGCGCCGCAGGGAAACAACCGCGUCCUGGCCUGCAGCUUCGCGGAAGACGGCGCCAAGCUGGCGGCUUACGCCGCGGACGCCUCACUCACGGUGUGGUCGCUGCAGGCGACGGGGCUGCUGGACUAUUUUCGCCGGGACGCGGCCAAAGCCGCCGGACGCAGCCGGGUGAUCGGCACGCCAACCGGUGCGGACCUGGCGACGGCCUUGGCGAAGGUGCAGCUCGUUUGGCGCACGCACGACGUGAUUCAAGUGCGACGCGAGAACGACGAGUCGCUUACGAUCAGUGUCGCCGAUCUGUUUCCAAUAUAG